UAGUAGCAGAAAAAAUAAGAUGUGCCGAGGAACCAUGCCUGUCUCAUAGUUUGGCUCAUUCUUCUAUUUUUGCCUAUGUUUACACUGAAUGCACAUUUUGUUCCCAGUCCAAAACACUGAUCAAAUCCAUGAUAAUUUCCAGAGACUAUUGGCCAAAUCUUAAAUGAAGAAAUAUAUCACUUCUCUCACAAAUAACGGCAGCAAGUUACAACGGGGGUCCAUCUCAUCAGAACUGGCUCUUUCUACUAUGGAUUCUAAAAAAUCCAUAACCCUGGGCUUGAAGACACAGUUCCUCUUUCUACAGCAAAGAGAAUGCUUAAUAUUAUCAGAGACCUCUCUGCUCAUAGAGAAGAAACUCACAAAAAAAUAAUAAUGCCAGAAAAUCAAGUGGUAUAUUACUUAAGAAUAAAACUAUUACCUUCAACGACAUACUGACCAAUACAAAAUGUAAAGACUUUAAAAGAGCCUGGUUUUUUUUUUCUUUGAUUUGAGGGGACUUUGGAGUCUCAAUGUAAGGAAGCUAGCUGUGAGACUAAAAAUAAAGUUUCUCAGCUUACAGUUGAUUUUUCAGGCAAUAAAAGAUUUUGAUGGAUUUUAGACACACUCAUGAUUUAGCUUUUGCAAAUAAAGAUGUUGGAAGCACAGAAAAUUUCCUUAUGAAAGAAAAAUCUGUCUUGUUUUCUGCAUGUUUUACUCACUGGCUAUCAUUGACUAAAAAUUUACAGUACAAGCUGGAAUUUUAACUUUUCCACAAUGUCAAUUUAAAUCUUCCAUGAAUAAAUGAGAAAUGGUAUUGAGUAACUGUUCUCCAGGUACUGUAAAUGCCUCAGUAAGUCAUGAUAGCUGCCUAAGAGGAUGGUCUGUACUCCUCAUCUAAAGGACCUCUUCAUAAACACUGUUUUAACUACUGUCUACACCUCAGACAGAAAACUGGCACCAUGUAUCACCCAAAAGGUAAACCCACCUCAGCAACUGGAUCAAAAAGUCCUUCUGGUGUCUUGUUAAGUAUUACUCUCGUCACUAAUUUCCUUCUUCGGUUAUUUAUGUUUAAAGAAAAAAAAAGUGAGCCAUUGAUUCAGUCACUUCACUCGAAAGUGCACCCUUCAAAGUGCACUUGUGGUCAACAUUUUUCUUUGAAGACAGAAAAGGUGAAGGGCAGACUUUUCCCCGGUGAUCCUGGUCACUGUGCAGCAGGUGUGUGUAUAAGAAACGCACCAAUAUGGGCAAUCUCAGAACACAGGUUUGCAGAAACCAUUCCUAGAGACACCAAAAUGUAGUUGACCGGUUGUCUGACCACGUGGCUGCCAGGGGCCUAGUGAGUCUGCGCACACGCACUCCCUCCGCCCCUGCCGUUCCCGAGUGGGAGCGCAGGCGCAGAAGGAGCACACCGUUGCCAUUGGAGACCUUCACUCUCUGAGGAGCCUGAGGGUCGGCUGGGUGCUGGGUUCCAGGCUAUCCCUGUGAUGGUAGCUCAGCGAGAUCUGGGGACCUGACGCUGAGCGCGUUGCCAACCAGGAUCUUCCUCUUCAUCUCGGCCCGGGCGCUGGCGUGAGAACCUGGUCUGGGUCCUGGACGAGCGCCCCCCGAAACUUCUCGGAACCUUGAAUAAGUAAAAUGCAGGAAGUUUGCUAAAGAUAUCACCAAAGGUUAGAGAGAAAACCAUCUAGAGGAAAUGCUGGCAGUAUGGCAUGUGUUCAUUCAAAAAUCUCUACAGCAAAUUCUCUCGUUUUAGGGGCUAUCCAGAUUAUGAUUGGCAUCUUUCAUGUUUUCAUGUGGUACUUCCUAUUGGUUUUGUAUAAGGGGCAAAUUAAAGGAGCCUUUGGAAUAUAUGAACCUAUAACUUACAAAACAGGAUGUACUUUGUGGGGAAUUUUUUUUAUCAUUGCAGGAGUCUUCAUAAUAGCAGUAACAAAGUAUCCAACUCGAUCUGCAAUUAUAUGUACUUUAAUCAUAAACAUCUUCUGCAUAAUAACUACAAUUACUGCAGUAACUCUAACAAUAAUAGAGUUGUCUCAUUUCAAUUCUCCGUCAUACAGGAAUUAUGGACAAGCAAAACUUGGGAGGGAAGUAUCACGUAUUUUACUGUUCUUCUACCCUUUGGAAUUUUCUGUUGCACUUACAUACUCAGUAUGUAGCUGUUCCAAUUUGUUUCGAAGACAAAGUGAUCUUACAUCUGUUGCUGAGGAAGCUGAGAACACUUUUUAACAACCCUAGAAAUGUGAGAAUUUUGCUGUUGCUGAUGCCUGAUGUGGGUCCUAAUGAUAUCCCUGUAUAACAAAGCAGUUACGAAGCCUACAGACUUUGUGCAAAAUAAAAUACAAGCGAGGUGAAUUUUUCUCCUCA